GCUGCUCCGCGUGUCGGCGGCGCUCCCCGCGGCCCUCGGGGCUCGGCUGCCCCGAGGGGCCCGGCGGUGCGGGGCUGUGCGGGGCUGUGCGAGCCGGGGGCUCGGCCGGGAGACCCGCGCUGGGUUCUGCCCCGGCCCCCGUCACAGCUCGGGGCGACACGCGCGGGCCUUGGCCUAGCGGGGCAGUGCGUUCGGGAGGGUUUGCAGUGAGAGUGUUUUGCAGCGGGGAAGGCUGCGUUAGUGCAGUACCCCAGUCCCAUGGAUAAGCACGUCAUGGCUGUAGAAACAGUGGAAGAGAAAACAGAUUUGUCUACAGGGAUUAUUUACCGGAGGAGAAUUGCAACGUGCAAGAAUGUGAUUCCUGAAAUCCUGAGAAAGGUCAGUGCCUUAAAAGUGCCCGACAUCUACCUGGAAGAGGAAUCUUGGCUUAAUAUGCAGAAAAGAAAUAUGUCUAUGAAAACUCACUGUCUCACAUGGACACAGUAUGCGUCCCUGAGCGAGGAGUCUGUCUUCAGAGAGAGCUUGGAAAACCCGAAUUGGACAGACUUCACACAAAAAGGCAGAAUAUCGGUUACGGGGGCCGGUUUGCUCAACCGUGUGUUGGAAGCUUUCGCUCAGUCAUUCUUAAAGCAAGGCGUGAAGAAGGGUAUUAAAAUAAUGGAGACACUUCUUCAGGAGCAGUGUGGUUGAUUGCAUUCUUUAUGAGCUAUUGAGAAAAUGCAUCUGUGUAGUUUCCUUGGAACAGCGUAUCUUCAUUGCCAUCGGAAUUCUGUGGCUGUUAUCUGAACUUUGCUGGUGCCAUUUUAUUGAGGAAAGAAUUUGAUGUGCAUAGGAGAAAAAGACUGUAGACUGCAAACCUGUUACAGAAGACUAAGGAAUCACUAUUUAAGGGAAUGUUGAUCUUGAAAAUCAUGGAGAAACAAAUGCAAGCUUGGAAGCAGCAGCAUCUUGUGAAUUUGUUCUACAAUCUCUAGAGACUAAGCCUUCGAUAAGGGAACGCAGAACAAUAAAAUAAAAUAGCCCUUGUUGCUAUGAAGAGACCCUUGUCUCGUCAACCAGUUGCUUUGCAUCUUAUCAAGGGAGGUGCAAGCACGCCCCGUGUGCUGUUUAUUUCACAGCUUAAUUCUGUGGGGUAGAGACUUCAUUGUACAAAAAUGAAGCGCAACUUCAACAGCGGAGUAGGGUUACUAUUCCCUGCUUGAGUCAACAUUGCUCAUUAUUUCAGCCCUGCUUGCUGUGUUGGAAAUGUUUGGUUAUUAUGCUCCUGCCAGUGUGAUUAUUUUCACUUGUAAGACAUGCCUCAAUACAAGUUUUAAAUUACA